GUUUGGGCGAGAGCAUCCCCUAUCCUUCGAGCGAAACCACUAGCGAGGCUCCGUUGGCUGAAGCGGGAUGGACGAGUCGGUCAGCGAGAUCGAGGGGACUUUCCCCAUGAAUUUCAUCAACCUCAACUACCAGACCAUCACGUCCGAGGAGGAGCGGAAGAAGCUCUUCAAGGACGGCUGCUACACGGGUGUGAACAGGAGUCGCUACCGCAAGAGGUUCCUGCGCAAGGACGGGAACUGCAACAUCCAUUUCAAGGGCAUGCUGAACGAGUGGGGCAGUUACUUUUCUGACAUCUUCACCACCCUCAUCGACCUGAAGUGGAGCCACAUCUUUGUGAUCUUCUCCCUGUCCUACAUCCUCUCUUGGCUCUUCUUCGGCUUUGUCUACUGGGUCAUGAGCGCUAUCCACGGGGACCUGGGGGUGGGGGAGUCCGAGCACACGCCCUGCAUCGCCGAGGUGCACACCUUCACCGCUGCCUUCCUCUUCGCCAUCGAGACCCAGACCACCAUUGGCUACGGACUGCGUUGCGUGACGGAGGAAUGCCCCUUCACCGUCACUAUGGUGACUUGCCAGUCUGUCACCAAGUACCUGAUCAACAGCUUCAUUAUCGGGGCUGUGGUGGCCAAAAUGGCCAAGGCCAGGAAGAGGGCCCAGAAGACCAUCGGCUUCAGCAACAAUGCAGUGGUAGCCAUGCGGGACGGCAAGCUGUGCCUCAUGUGGCGGCUGGGAGACUUUCGCGAGAGCCACGUGAUCGAGGGCACUAUCACGGCUCAGCUCCUGCGCUUCCAGGAGACUGGAGACAACCAGAUGACCAUGGAGCACCAGCAGCUGCGCUUGACCACCGAGAGCGUGAUCCUGGUCAGCCCUGUGAUCGUGGAGCACGCGAUCGAUGAGCACAGCCCGCUGUAUGACCUGGGACAGAGCCUCUUGGCUGAGGAUGACUUUGAGCUGAUUAUCACCUUUCUGUGCUCGGGGGACUCUACGGGAAGCGCCCACCAGUCGCGGAGCUCCUACACCCCGCUUGAGAUCCUGUGGGGACAUCGCUUCAAGGAGAUCCUCAAGGACAAGAACAACUACUUGAAGGUCAGCUACUCCGAGUUCCACAGGACCCAGGAGGUCAGCACACCGGCCUGUAGUGCCAGGGAGCUCUACACCGCCUCCGAGCCGCUCGGAGUCCUCAGUGUCGCUGGGCUUGACAGCUGCAGUCCUGACUACGAGAGCCUGGCCGCUCCGAGCCAGGGCAGGGAACCCGAAGGGGAGCAGGAGCUCGAAUACAAGAAGCCUCUGUUCCUGAGCAAAAUAUUCAACAUGGAGUCCGAACUGUGAUCCCUGAACUGUGUCACUUGAACCCUGGCUCUCUCUCCACCUCCAGUACCACUUGCCCUCCCGGACCCCAUCCCCUACUUCCCCCUUAUCAUGUCAUUGAGACGUCUCAAAGUUCUUCACACAUUAUACUGUAAAGUGAGUUGACUGACCAAUUGGGCUCAGCAGAAUCCCACAGAACAGUCUUGGAUUGAGUGACCAAAUUAUCAUUGGUAGUAUUUUUUUUCCCCAUCAAGUUUUCGUAUGAACAACGGGGAAGAGAGGGAGUAAAUUCAGAUUGAAAACUCCGCUUGAAACCUUUAACCUCUUGGGUGCGACUUUGGUUUGCACACAAUCUGGAAGUAAUGGAUAAAGCAAAACCCACACCUCUCUGGGCCGGGGAGGGAGUGGGUGGAGGGGAAAUCGUGGUAUUUCAGCAUCACGCACGGUGGCGCAUUGCGACAAAUCAUCCUCCGGUUUGGAAAUGAAGGAACUCUGGGUUGCAGACUUCUCUCCCUCCCUCCCACACCCCGAACUGUCCUCAGCCAUCAGCCUCCCACUCUUCUCCCCCACCCUCCUCCCAACAGAACAUUACACUCCCAGCUAAGAGGGCUCAUUGCUCUUCAAACAAAUGCAUCCCUCAACUGCGAUAUGGCACUUUGUGUAUUGCCUGGCCAAGAAAUGCCCAAAUACUCACUGUGCGCGUGCGUGUGUGGGUGUGAAAGAGGUGGAGGGAGAGAGAGUCCAAGAGAGAAAGUGAGAUAGAAUGUGUUAAGGAACAGGUUUAGUGAUAUUCUAUACCACACGUCAAACUACUUCCAAGUACGCUACUUGCAAAUAUUACACGACAGAGAAUAUUAAUAGACUUGUGGUGCAGUGUCAAGCAGCUCUGUUCUGUUUCAGACUGGAUUGUUGCUGGAUUAGUCAGUUACUGUGAACUAGUGCAUGAUCUGCAUAGAGGUUCAUAUACAUAUAUAUAGAUAUAAUAAUAAUAAUAAUAAUAUGCAUAUAUAAUAGAGAUAUAUUAUGAUAAGCACCUCCUUGCAGGCGAGUGCUGCUUUUUUGAGGUAACCUGCUAUAAUAGAGAUUUCUCAAUAAAACCCAAGAUUCUAAUGUA